AUGAAUCGGCUCUUAAUUCGCGGUGUUUAUUUGCAACUUAGCGCUUAUAUAAAGCAGAGUGCAAGGAGGAAAUUUUUGCUGUUUUUUAAAAAAAGAAAUUCUGUUAGUGGUGCUAUUAUACCUGAUCCUGCAAAAUCCGCCCCCAAGAAGGGCUCGAAGAAAGCCGUGACAAAGACAGCAAGCAAAGGAGGGAAGAAGCGCAGAAAGUCUAGGAAAGAGAGCUACGCAAUUUAUGUGUAUAAGGUGCUAAAGCAGGUCCACCCCGCCACCGGCAUCUCUUCUAAAGCUAUGGGCAUCAUGAACUCGUUCGUGAACGAUAUUUUCGAGCGCAUCGCCGGUGAGGCUUCUCGUUUGACUCAUUACAACAAGCGUUCGACUAUCACUUCCCGGGAGAUUCAGACCGCCGUGCUCCUCCUGCUGCCCAGUGAACUGGCCAAGCAUGCGGUGUCCGAGGGUACCAAGGCUGUCACUAAGUACACGAGCUCAAAGUAA